AUGUUCAAGGGGCAAUCGGCACUAAUUACUGGAGGGUCCAGAGGAAUUGGGCUAGCCAUAGCCAAGAAACUUGCUAACCAGGGCGCCACAAUAACACUAUUAGCAAACAAUGAAAGUGUGUUGAAGCAAUCGGUGAAACAGCUCUCGUCGGAAUAUGAUCAACAACACGCAAUUCUACUGGUGGACUUGCUACACUUGGUACAAGAGAACUAUAACUUAUCCAAGCUUCAAGAUCUGUUUAAAUCACACUCUAUUCUAGUCAAUUGCGCUGGAAUAACCACGCACACUCUUUUACAAAGAACCACUCAGAAGCAGAUUACAGAGACCAUCAACUUAAACCUCACUGUACCCAUAAUUUUGAGCCAAUUAUGCGUCAAGCAUAUGAUGCGGCAAAGGGACCAAAACCCAUCUAUCUUGAACAUUGCAUCUGUGUUGUCGUUGACUCAUCAUUUGUUGCCGGGAACAUCCGUGUAUGCUGCUUCCAAAGCUGGUCUUUUGGGGUUCACAAAGAGUUUAGCACAUGAAUUGAAGGGAAGAGUGCGGGUGAAUGCUCUUCUUCCUGCCUUGGUGAAGGACACCGAAAUGGGAAAGAUCGUGAAAGGCGAUUUGGCGGAAGUGUCGAUGGAUGUAGUGGUCAACAAGGCAGUGGAGGUAUUAUCCGAGCUUUCAGUUAAUGGCGAGUGCAUCACUUUGGAUUAG